AUGGCUGCUUCUGUUCACUACGCGGAGAUGGAGAUGCUCGAGAAGAAGCUCGAGAUGCUCGAGGAGACGCUGGAUUUUGAGGAGGAGGAAGAGGACGACGAUGAUGAUGGUGAUGACGAUGACGACGAUGACGAUGAUGAUGGCUCUGGCUCGACUGAGGUUGCUGAUGAUGACGACGACGACGACGACGAGGAGGAGGAUGCCGACGACGACGACGACGACGAGGAUGCCGACGAGGACGACGACGAGGAGGAUGCCGACGAGGACGACGACGACGAGGAGGAUGUCGACGACGACGACGACGAAGACGAAGACGAUGCCGAUGAAGACGACGAAGACGACGAAGACGACAACGACGACGACGACGACGACGACGACGACGACGACAACGACGACGAAGUCCUGAUCGAGGAGGACAAGGGCGACGACACCGACGCCAAUGCCGACGCUGACGCCAACGACGACAAUGACGACGACGACGACGACGAGGUCGAGGCUGAAUCCGAGGCCGAAGCCGAGGCCGACGAGGUUGAUGAGGUCGAGGCCGAGGUCGAGGCUGCCAACGACGCUUCGUUUGACGACGUCAACGCGACGUCAGCCGGCGCCCGCAAGGUCGCGCAGCUCCGCUCGCGGAUCCGCGAGUCCAAGCUCCGCCACGAGCAGGAGCGCGAGGAGAAGAGCAAGCGGACGGCCGCCAAGAAGCAGCAGGAGAAGGAGAGCCAGGACAAGAAGGAGAGCCGCGAGGAGAGCCAGGUCGGCGAGCUCGUCGACGAGGCCAUCAACUCGAAGUUCCCUGUCAAGGCCCUCGUCCAGCUCUCGCGCGAGUACCGCAUCGGCUCGCCAGCCUGGUUUGCCGUCCGCGAGGCACUCCACGCCACCGUCGAGGAGACUUGCGCCGCGUAG